AUGGGAUUUGGGAUGGGAUUUGGGAUUUGGGAUGGGAUUGGGAUUGGGAUUUGGGAUUGGAAUGGGAAUGGGAUUUGGGAUUUGGGAUGGAAUGGGAUGGGAUGGGAUGGGACUCCCAUCCCAUUUAAAUGGGCGGCAAGUGAUUUAACUUCAACUGAAGAAACAAUUUUUGGACACGACAAUGACCCUAAAUAUGCUGCAAAACUCACCAACCCUGUAAAAUUUUAA